GGCCCAAACUGGUAUGUUUUACGGCGCAUGCGGCACGCAAAAAGAUGCAGAAAAAUGCAGAAAAUGCAGAAAAUUGCAAAAACGCGUUAACCGUUAAGCGUGCGAGGAAACAGGCGGAGUUCCCCUUUUUGAAGCAUCACCACGUGGCUUGAUACGUGCCUGCUUGUGUGAGAAGAUCGUUUGGCGAGCAUCCUCCUAAGGGGUAGUUCACCCGAAAUGGGAGCAUCCAACUUGGUAUCCUCUGCGUGACGAUACGGAGCGGGUUGCUCGAAAUUGUGAAGUGGAGAUUUUCCAUACCGGCAGCGCAGCCGCCUACGGAGGAGCAAGAAGUGAAGAAGUGGCGAAGUGAAGAAGCGGGAGAAGCAAUUUUUCCUCCCCAAGAGAGGUACCCAGUCGUGCGACGGGCAUACUGCGCAGAGCGCGGCGAAAGGCCUCGGCUGGGAUUACCAAGAGGUGUACCCACAGGUGUAUACCCACUGGGAAGUGCCGCUACCCACCCACCUACAAAUACCUAUAGGAAAACUCUCCCCGUUACGCAUGCACAGCCCGAACGGUAAGAACGCGUAAAAAGAGAAUCCACGAUGAGCAGCGACGCCAAAGAGAGCGACGCUGCAAGCAGCAGCGGCAGCCGGGAAGACCCCAUCGACCAAAUGAAAAAAAAACAGUUUGAGCAGAAGCACUUGGAACUUAAGGAGAAACUGAAAAGGCUCAAGGGUGUCCAUAACGGUGGUGCGAAUGAUGAUGCCAAUAGUGUCGAUUCGGCCAAACAGGAAAAGGAGGGUUCGAGCCCAAACGAGGCUACCCCAGAACAGGCCAAAAGUGACAACAGAAGCAAGCUGCUUCAACUGAAGGAGAAGCUGAGGAGGCUCAAGGAGGAGAACAGUGUCCGGGGGGUGGGGCGCGCCAGUGAAAGUGUUCGCAGUGGGAGAAGUGAGAGAAGCAAACGAAGCGAACGAAGCGGCAGAAGUGAGCGAAGCAAACGAAGCAACGGCGACGCAGGGUCCCCACCCGCGGGGGAGACCACCAAGAGAGAACCCGCUCCUCUGCAGAAGGACCGAGAAACCUUACGAGCUGAACUGAAGAAAAAAUUAGAGAAGUUUAAGCGGGAGUAUGGGAUAUAUGAUAGUGAAAAGGGAAGAGCUGCAGAAGAGGAGGAGGGACGAAGCUCGCCUCAAGACAGAAGCUUAAGCAAAGGGUACCCAAACCGGAAUAACCUGAAGCGUGCACGAGGAGGAAGUAACUCCACGACCAAUCGCUCCACAUCGCGUGGGAUGAAAAAACGACCAAUCUAUAGCAGCAGGGAAUUGUAUAUCCCCCCCGACAGAAGUAGGAUGAACCGUAAGAGUCCAAACGAGCGUUACAGAAGGGGUGCCAAUAACUCCCCCCCCCGGUUUAGCUCUCCCGAAAGGGCCCAUAGGAGGGACUACCGCGGAAGGGUGGUCGCUCGGCGGGGCAGUUCCUCGCUUGAGGAGCGGGUCGGCAGGGGGAUGCGCGACAGCCCCAGGAGGGGUAGGAGCAGAGAUAGGGUUAAGAUCAGAGACAGGGGAAGAAGUCGAGAUAGGGGAAGAAGCCGAGACGGGGUAAGAAGUCGAGAGAGGGGCAGAAGUCGAGACAGGGGAAGAAGCCGAGAUAGGGGCAGAAGUCCAGACCGCGCUCGAAGCCGGGAGAGAGACUCCUGGAGAGACAAGCACAUAUCCCUGAACGCACGAGAAAGGGGGAGCCGAGUGCGGGAGGAUGACCAGGCCUACUUCAGGAGGGAAGAAAGACAAAACAGAUACCUGUAUAACCAAAGGACAGGAGAAAAAGUGGAAAAGAAAUUCUUCCGAGUCCCCUUGGGGUACCACACAACGAAGGAGAGCUGGAACAGUUAUACACACUGGCUGCAGAAGAAGAAUGACUACAGAUUUGGUCUUCCCUUUGAUGAAAAUAAAAUUUUCAGACGAUCUAAAUCGUUGUCUCCAACCACCUGGAAGAAGUUCGUGCCGAACUCUGAAGACGAUGAUGAAGGUGGGGUGCCCUCGGGUUACGACCGCGGAGGGAAGGCAUCCAAAAGGGAUGAGAAGGAUAGAAAUAAACACAGAAAAGAGGAAAAGAGGAAAAGAGGAAAGCACCAUAAGGGGGAUUCAUAUGUUGAUGGGCGCAUUGAUGAGGAUGGCAACGCCGGUCGAAAGAGAAACGGCACUUCCUCCCCUUCCAAGUCGCUCUCGCGUGGUGAAAAGGGAAGGCACAACAGUAGCCAUACUUCGCACAAACGGAGAAGGGGGAAGAAAUACUCACGGAGUAGAUCCCCCGGGGGGGAGGUAGAAAGGGGAAGGAGCCUCGAAAGGGGGAGGAGGCGAUCAUCCCUGGAGAGGAGGAAGAGCAAAACGGAGAAGAAGUCCUCCAAGAGGAGCCACCACCACAGGCACAGAAGCAGGAGCAGAAGCAGCAGCUACAGCGGUGGCCACAGGUGGGACAAAAAAAAACAUAAAAAGAGAAAGCACGAGGAGGUGAAAAGGCGAAGUGAGAGAGAGCGCAGUGGGGAACGCAGCGAAGAUCGCAGCGAAGAACGAGGCGAGAAAAAAAAGAGGAAGAGCAAACAUGAGGAGAAAAAAAAAAAGAGGAAGAGCAAACAUGAAGAAAGGAAGAGGAAACCCAAAAGGAGGAACAAAGCGAAAAGGGGCUCGGACUAUUCCGACAGCGGAGGGGAGAAGAGCGACGCGGCCGCCACGUCAGCCACGUCUCUGUCCUUCCUGUGCGAGGGGUACGACUCCCUGCAUGAUAAGGAUGUGAGCAAGCGGGGAGCGGGCGAAGGUGGGAAAAACUCGGAAGAGAAGGAAGGGAAGGAAGAGAUAGAAGAGAUGGACGAGAUGGAAGAGAAGGAGGAAGCACUGCUCUCCGCGCAGCAGGGGGCAAAUACCAUCGGGGAGAAGAGCCCCAGCCACUGCGAAGACUCAUCCGGAGAAGGAAGCGACGUGGGACCCAGGCCACUCGACGUGAGCGUCAAAUUAGCCAACCAACAAAUCGACUACGGUGCGGCCAUGAUGCCAGGAGAGGGGCAAGCCAUCGCGCAGUUCGUACAGAAGGGGAAGAGAAUCCCAAGAAGAGGAGAAGUGGGAUUAUCUGCUGAGGCGAUUGAAAAUUUCGAGAGCCUUGGAUACGUCAUGAGUGGGUCGAGGCACAAAAGAAUGAACGCCAUCCGGAUGCGAAAGGAGAAUCAGGUGUACAGCGCUGAGGAGCAGAGGGCCCUCGCCAUGUUUAACUACGAGGAGAGGGCCAAUCGGGAGAAUGCCCUCAUAAGUGACCUGAAGGAGGUUUUGCGCAAGCAGAACGAGGCAAUCCUAAACGAGAGUAAGAAUAACUGACCGGAAGGGUGGAGAUGAGACCCACCUAUUCGUGGGUAUACCUCCAUCGGAUUAGUUUCGCAAAGUUCCUUUUUUUUUUUUUUGAAUUGCGGUGUGGGGAGGGGCUCCAAUCAGCGGCGACUUCGUUGCCCUUCGUUACUCCUCAUCGCGGCUGUCUUUGGCAGUGCCCAAAUUCGUUU